AUGAUAACGGUGGUUUUGAAGCGAAGAGGGGUGUUGUUGUUUGCGCCAUUGUUGUAUAUUUCUGGGAUGGUUUUGUAUAUGGGUUCUUUGAAUUUUGAUGUUAAUUUGAAAAAUGGUGGUGUUGUUGUACGGAAACGUGCACCCCCUGGUACUGUGUACCGGAGUCCUAAGGUUUUUGAGAAGCUUUGGCCGUACAUGGAGGCUGAGAGCAAUGACAGUUACAAUGCGUUGAUGACAGCAUGGGAUCCAAAAUGGCAUCAAGGUUGGAAGCCCAGUGGCAUCAGCAAUAAUUCUGAAGCAGAAUUGCCCGAGUCUAAUGGUUUCCUUAUUAUUGAGGCGAAUGGUGGUUUGAAUCAACAACGCUUAUCGAUAUGCGAUGCAGUUGCUGUGGCAGGACUGCUGAAUGCUACUUUGGUCAUUCCGAUUUUUCAUCUAAAUAGUGUUUGGAGAGACUCCAGCAAAUUUGGAGAAAUAUUUGAUGAAGAUUUCUUCAUACAUGCACUUAAGAAUAAUGUGAACGUAGUUCGAGAGCUCCCAAGUGAUAUCCUUGAGCAGUUUGAUAAUAACAUAAGCAGCAUAGUAAAUUUGAGGGUAAAAGCUUGGUCCAGCCCAACCUACUAUCUUCAGAAGGUUCUUCCAAAGCUGAGGCAGAUGAGGGAAGAGGUUUGCUGGACGGAUGAUGGCGAUUAUGAUAUAGAUGAAGGUGAAGACCCUAGUUCCUUGAAUACCGUUUGGGCAGUGCGCAUUGCACCUUUCUCCAACAGGUUGGCUCAUGCAGUUCUGCCAAAUAUCCAGGGUCUUAGAUGCUUAGCCAAUUUUGAAGCUUUACGGUUUUCAGAACCUAUACGAAUGCUUGCAGAGAAAAUGGUUGAUCAGAUGAUCAAGAAUAGUUCCCAGAGUGGGGGAAAAUAUGUUUCAGUGCAUCUGCGGUUUGAAACGGAUAUGGUGGCAUUUUCAUGCUGUGAGUAUGAUGGUGGGGAAGAAGAGAAACGAGAGAUGGAUAUUGCACGAGAAAGUGCUUGGAGAGGAAAAUUUCGGAGGAGGGGUAGAGUAAUAAAGCCAGGAGCAAAUCGCGUGGAUGGAAAAUGCCCUUUAACUCCACUGGAGGUGGGGAUGAUGCUAAGGGGCAUGGGAUUCGAUAAUACCACGUCAGUAUAUGUUGCAGCAGGAAACAUUUAUAAAGCAGAUAAGUAUAUGGCUCCACUUAAACAGAUGUUUCCACGCUUAGAAACAAAGGAUACCAUAGCUACUGAUGAAGAACUUGCACCGUUUAAGGGCCAUUCAUCUAGGUUGGCUGCUCUUGAUUAUACGGUUUGCCUACACAGUGAAGUCUUUGUCACGACGCAAGGUGGAAACUUUCCACACUUUUUAAUGGGUCACAGGCGCUAUUUGUAUGGAGGCCAUGCUAAGACAAUCAAACCUGACAAGAGGAAAUUGGCUCUCUUAUUUGAUAAGCCCACUAUCAGAUGGGGAGUCUUCAAGCGACAGAUGCAAGAUAUGCUUCACCACAGUGAUGUGAAGGGCUCUGAGUUAAGAAAGCCCAGUGCAUCACUUUACACAUUUCCCAUGCCAGAUUGCAUGUGUAAACCGACUGAAGCUACACAGGAAGUCAGUGACAGUUGA